AUGGAUUUUGAAGAUGGUGACAGGUCACUUGGGAGACUCAUUCUGGAGGAAGAGCCACAGGCUGCAGAAAAGCCAACGCCAAGACCUCCAAGAUCAUGUGUGAAGGAGAAAUGGGAACUGAAGAGUGAAGCCAUGAACAUUGGAGUAACACAUACAUAUAUAUCACAUGUUGCAGCACUCUCUAACAAUAAAAUACUUGUACUAUCUAAAAAUUAUUCUGGAAACAGUGGUGUACUAUUAACAGCUUCAAUUCCCAAUAGUCACCAGGAACAAUUGCCUAUCCCACAAAUCAAUGGCCUCACUGAUGAUGUAAGGUGUAUUGCAGUGAGGAAGGAUGGCAAACUCCUUGCUCUAGAUGGUCGAGUAGUUAAGGUCUUCAACAAGCAACAUCAGCUCCUCCAUCAGUUCACACCAGGUAGAGGGUCAGACAGCCAACCAACAUGCCUUGCAGUGGAUGACUGUAAUCUGAUAGCAGUGGGUUACAGAGACGAGGAUGAGAUAUCUAUACACAACCCAGAUGGAUCCCUCAUCAGGAGACUGCCUGCUCAGAUGAUUGAGGAUUAUCUAACAAUGCAUAAUCACCACCUCAUCUACACAAAUUGGCCUAAGGAAAGAUUGGUAUGUGUAGGCUUUUAUGGUGCCAGUCUAUCCUCAGUAGACAUGACCAGGAACAUGCAGGGGGGUUGCCCUACCGGUGUGUGCUGUGACAGUGAUGACAGCAUCUAUGUUGCUGUGGGCAGAUAUCAAACAGGUGAUAUUCUGCAUUACAGUCCUGAUGGCAAGUACAUUGGAUGUGUGAUCAAGGGAUGUGGUUAUCCACGUGGCAUCACAUUCACAUCAAAUGGUGAUCUGGUAGUGGCUACAGGACAAUCUGUACAGGUCUAUCACCGAGUGUAGGGACAGAAUAAUUACACCAAGGGAAUAGUUAGAUAAAAUUGUGUGCCCUAAUCUUGGAAGACAGGGCAAAUCAUUGUACGUACAUAAUCUUGUUAUAACCAUCUUGUUAACCAUAAUCUUGUUAUUAUCAUUCACACCCCAGGUUUUUAUAACAAGUAAAAAUGAUGAUCUUACUC